CAGCACGAGUGGAGCAUCAAACGAAGCACCAAGUGCGUCGACUGCUGCCCAAGACCACAUCUGCUGGUCCUCAGAUUCCCUCGUCAGCAGCAGCACGCCAGGAGCAGCAGCAGCAGCAGCAGCAGCAGCAGCAGCAGCAGCAGCAGCAGCAGCAGCAGCAGCAGCAGCAGCAGCAGCAGCAGCAGCAGCAGCAGCAGCAGGAGCGGGAAGAGCAGGAGCAGGAGGAGGGGUGGUGGUGAGCGGUAAAGGAUGCAGUGGGUGCAUGCAGGGGGAAGAGUGCAGCAUACACGUGUGGGUGAGACCGCCUGCUCACUGGUUCGUGCCCUUCUCAACCAAGCAGAGUAGCAAGGAAGGAAAUGAGAACAACAGCAGCAGCAGCAGCAGCAACAGCAGCAGUUGGCUGACGAACGAUCUGACUCUCUCUCUGGAGGGCCCGGCGUUGGGUGGUGGCGACGUGCUGUGUCUUGACCCCCCUGCCUGCUCGCACCUCCUUGUCUCCUACCGCCUCUGGGACGUGGGCACCUACAGAGCCUCUCUCCACGUGGGCUGCGCUAAUAUCAACUUCUCGCCAAACUUCGCCGCCCAUUUCAAAUCCACCGUCCGCCACGACCUUGCGACGUGGAGCCUCUCUAUUGGGGAAUCCAAUGCCAUGACGUCAGCAACCACCUCCCCAGAUAACACCUCCCCCAGCAGCCUUGCGUCUCCGUGCAAGCGUGGCUCGAUCCCUGGUCGGUGGAAGAAGGAUGACAGGGGCAAUUACAUCUGGGCUCUCUUCCCCUGUGCGCCACCAGAAACGCCUCCCAGCCGUUGGAUCGCGGAUCUGCGAUCCAAGGGCAUACGCGAGAUGAACAUCGUGGGGGACUCGCAUCAGAGGGGACUGGCACGGCACCUGCACUACCUGCUCUCGGGGAACACGGACAGGAAGACAUUUAAAGCCCGCUCCAACUUUGUACUGGUGUCGAGCAACGAGCGGGGAGAGAGCAUGCAGAUUAAUGUGUACUGGAUUGAUGGGAUCUACCAAAAUGGGGAGUUUGGGUGCAGUCAUAGGGGUAUGUACAGCAAUCUCACCGCACUCCCCAACAACCUCUCUCUCACGGCUGAUGUUACAAUCCUCAACGCAGGCGAGUGGGCAAAUCGCUUCUGUGCAGAGCCGGUCAAAGCCAUACGCGCCCACCUCCCAGAGUUCCUCAACUGGGGGUUGCAGUUCGCCGCCCGAACCGGCAAGCCACUAAUAAUGCGGACGGCGACUCCUGUCCCCAAUGGAGGGGACCACUGCGCUCGAUUCGUGGGCUCUGAGUUCUCCGCCGGCCCGUCGACCAAUCUCGGGCUUAUGGAGAUAAAUCGGCUAAUUCGGUCGCUCGCUGCUGGUGGAAAUCAAGGUGCUAGUACCGGUAAUGAAGCUGGUUACAAAGGAGUAGAUGCUGAUUCGGCUGUGCAAUGGGAUGAAGCAUCGAUAUCACAAGCCUUCACGGUAGAUCGAGGGAAUUCAGAGAAGCUGGCGGUAUCGUCUGUGCCGGUAUUCGAUGCGUGGAAGAUUGAAGCGCCCCGUUAUAUGGACAAUUGCCCGCAUGGAAACCGGCAUUACUCAUGUUUCUAUCAGCCGUACUUUUGGAGUAAGCCUGAGGUACGAGGGGUGGUGGGGGAGGCUGUGGUGCGCUCAUUUGUACACUUUUUGCUCCACGAGCUAUAA